AAAACUGAAACAACUGUCACAACUUGACCUAUCUACUGUUUGAGUUCUGAAUAAUAACUAGGGGCAAGACAUUACAAGACACAGUCCAUCCCAAAAAUUAAGUACAGACAUUGGUAAAAGCCCCAGAUAUUAGAUUAUAGAAACAGCAUUUUCAACGUGUCAUACCAAGUUUCACAGAUAAAUGCGCCUUUUAUAUAAGUUGUUCUGAAUGACUGACAAAUUAAAACCCUAAUGUCUGAUCAGUAACUAGAAGGGAACAUUCGCCUGUAAGACUCUACGCAGGGCUUAUUAGCCCUGCGCUCUGCCUGCGCCAACGCCGCCUUUAUGCUCCAACAUAAUGAGCCGCUUUGGAUUUUAUUUCAUUUUUCUCUUCUUGUUAAUCAAAAGCCCGAGUGUGAUUUUAUUCCUGUGUUUCGCCAUUUAUGUUUACAUCCAUUGCAGAACCCGCUAGGGAAGGAAAAAAGCAGCUGAAUCUGGUCGAUGCAGGCAAAGUGAUGAGGAUGUAGGUCGUUCCGUCCAGCAUCCGUCUCAUUUAUUUACAAACACGUCACGGAUCUCUCGUCCUUGUCUCUGCGAGGAUGGCGUCAGACCCAAGUGAUGGACUGUGCUGUUCCUGUCCCGGAGGUCGAUACCAAAAACCAGGUCAGACGGGGGUGGUACCUCACCGGGCAGCGAUAAGACCCGCAGGAUGCUUGAUAAGAGAUGACUAUAAAGCAGAGACACAGAGCUGUGCAGACAGAGGGUAGGACCCAAACCAACUGCUCUUCUUUGACACAGAUUUAUCUUCAUCCUAAUGGGUCUCAUCCUGUCUGCCUGGCUGAACGGCCCAGCAGCUGACGGAGUCCCCUCUUCUCCAUCAGCUUUCCCUCCGCUGGCCGUCCCAACCUCGUCCAGAGUCGCCCUCAUCCUGAACUCCUCCGCAGUGUCUCCAGGAGACAGACGCUCACACUGGAGCUCGCAGCACCACUCUCCUCACUUCCAGCUCUCUCAGUGCAAGCAGGAAGUGACACGCGCACCUGCCGAGCUCAGCAGCGAUGGGGUCAGGGCCGAGGUGGGGGUGGAGAGUGGGCUCCAUGUGUGGGAGGUAACUUGGAACCCUGAGCACAGAGGAAGUCAUGCAGUCAUAGGAAUUUCGAGGCAGGACUGUCCUCUGCAAGACUCGGGUUAUAAAGUUCUGGUGGGUGGAGAUUCCCUGUCUUGGGGAUGGGAACUACAAACCAAUCAGCUCUGGCAUGGUGGAGAAACUCUGGCGUGUUUUCCGUGUGAAAGGAGGGGGUCUCUUAGAUUGAAAUCCUCAGACUCACUGCACAGCAAAGAGACAGAUGCACCUCUCCGUAUUCCUGAACGCGUCCAGCUGGUCCUGGAUGCUGAUGCAGGGACUCUGGGGUUUGCUGUCCAUGGCAGCUUCCUGGGUGUUGCAUUCAGGGGCCUUCCUCCUGGAGUGGAACUGUUCCCAGCAGUAAGCAGCGUGAGAGGAGGAGCACAGAUUGUAUUGCGCUAUCUGAAUGGAACUACACGUAAUCCUCCUGCCCUGAAGGCUCUGUGUGGACUAUCAAUUCUGCAGAAUUUAGGGCAACAAGGGCAGAACCAAGUGGACAAACUGCCUCUACCACCUUUACUCCAACACUACCUGCUUUCCUCUUUCUAAUUCCCUUGCACAUUUACAUGCAAACGCUUUUGCAUUUUCUGUUAAAUACAUUUGUUUGUAUUGUUUGUGCAAUACCAGCAAGUUGUUUGUACUGUAUUGUAUCAACUAUUUAUUGAUAGUUUUAUAAUUGAGAAACUCACUUUGGAUAAUGGUAUUUAAAAACCUUCACACAAGCCUGAUAAGGACUCCUUCAACUACAAACACAUGUAAAUAGUCUGAAUGUUUGUUUUAAUAAACCAGACUUGCGGAUACAUAAACCUUUUCCAGGUAUCAGAUCUUUCUUUUUUCCUUUUACUUCUGAAAUAUUAAAGCAUCGUCAGUACGGCCUGUUCAAGCUGGUAGAUGGAAAUGUCACGCUAAGCUUAAAAACAGUCAUGCUGAAAACAAUAUUCCUAAAUUGUUGAAAUUGAUUUUAAUACUUUGAAGCAAAUGUGAUUUCAGGUUGUGAUCCAGAAAAUGCAACUUUGAUGAGUUGUAAGAAACAUCCAAUGAUGAGUGCACGUGUAUCUUGUUGUUUAUUUUACAGCAUAUUUUUUUGUUCACGCUAUUGAAAUGAUUAAAACGGAAAAGUUCUAGUUUUCUUAAUGUAUUUAUUAUUCUUCCCUAAAUGUCAUCGAAUUCAUAGUUUUAAAUUAAGUUAAGCACAAAAUUAUCCACACCUGGCAGAUUUAAAUUUCAUAUUGUUUUAUUUCCACCAACAAGUGCAUUUCUGAUAUGGAAUAAGACAGGUAUGUCUCAAGAGGCAAUAAAACAAUGUAUACUGGGUAUCAGCUUUGAAAAACAAAACAAACAAUGUUUACAUUUUAAUUAAAAAAAUCACUUGUCAAAAAUGAUUUCCAUAAUCAAUGGUAAAAUCUUCAUUGGCAUUACAGGUAAUUAAUCCUUCUUGUUACUUCUUAUUACUGCUGGCCACCUCAUCCUCUUCCCACAGGUUCAAAUUCCAGUUCAAGCCUGAACUUUGACUGGGCCACUCCAAAAUGUGGGCCAGUCAAAAAUUUUAUUUUGAACUUAUCUACCAAUUUCUGCCAUCCAAACAUGCAUGUAUAUUGAUGCUGACAUGUCAUUUCUGUGUCACUGUUUGUUUUAGGUAAUACUUGAUGGUGCAAUUAUUACUCCACCAGUAUUUGAUGAACUGUGUCUGAACCGCUAUUGUUAUACUAAAUGAUUUGAACAGAUUUCAUUUAGUUGUAGUCUGGAUAUUUUUUAUGUGAAAAACAAAUUGUGCAAAGACAAUAAAAGCUUCAAAAUU